GUCAGCACAAAGCAGAAGAAGAACCUGAAGGCACAGAAGAAGGGCGCUGCCUCGAAGGCACGGCCGAAGCCGGCCGCCUCUGCGUCUCCCCCACCAAAGAAGCGAAAGAAGUCGGAUGACUCAGAGCAGAAGAAGUCCGACGAUUCGGAGGACGAGGAGGAAUCAAAGAAAGAAGCAAAGAAGGCCGAACCAGAGGACUCCGACGAGGAGGUAGAACAGAUCAUCAGCAAGAAGAAGAAGAAAGCUGCGAAGAAGGAUUCUGAUGACGAGUCCGAGGAGGAGGAGCCCAAGAAGAAAAAGAAGAAGCACAAGAAGAAGUCGGAGGAUUCCGAGGAAGAGGAGGAGACAAAGAAGAAGAAAAAGAAAGAGAAGAAGAAGUCGGAAGAUUCAGAGGAGGAGGAAGAAGUGAAGAAGAAAGAUGAUGAGAAGGAGAAGAAGGACAAGAAGAAAAAGGACAGAAAGAAAGCUGCUUCUUCAGCAUCCAGGUCGUCCUCCGAGGUCAAGAAGAAAAAGAAGAAAGAAAAGGAGAAGAAGGACAAAGAGAAGGACAAGGAGAAGGAGAAGAACAAGGAUCGGGAUCGCAAGAAGCGGUCGAAGAGCAGGAGGUCCCGAAGUAGCAGGUCGAAGAAGAAGAAGGAUCGGAGCCGAUCCAAAAACAAGAAGAAGGAGAAGAGCCGAUCGAGAAAGCGGAGCGCCUCGAAAAAGAAGGCAGAACUGAAGAAGCGCGAUGGGUCACGACGCCGUAACCGAUCGGCCUCGGGCAAAUCGCGAGGAAGACGGCGCAGUCCAGCGGAGAGGAAGAAGAGCAAGAGCAAGGAGUCUUCCAGCAGUCCAGUCAUUGUGAAGGCUAGCAAGGAAAAGACAGAUGAGCCAGAGGUCAAGAAGGUGGAGGAGGUAAAGGCAGCGCCAAGCCCUCCGCGCCAGCCGAGCCCUGUGGCACAGAAAGAGGAGGCUAAGACGGAGCCAGUCAAGGAGGUGGAGGAGUCGCCUAAGAAGGAGACCAAAGAGGUCGAUGCAGGCAUGGGCCAGGAAGAGAAGAAGGCAGAAGCGACGACCGAAGAGGCAGAAAAGGCUGCUCCUGCAGGUGAUGACCGCGAGGAGCGACUUCAGAAGUUUGCUGAGCGAAGUGGGCUGAUCCCACAAGCCAUGGAGGCUCUUCGGAAUCUGAAGCCUGACCUUCAAGACAAGAUCAUGGAGGAGGGGCCGAUCAAGCCGGGCUGCAACCCGAUCAUCGUCCUCAUGAACCGGAUCAAGGAGGUGGCAAACAGAGCGCAACAGGAUGCCGAAAGAUCAAAGGAAGGCUCUUGGGAUGGUUGA